AUGCUAUUUUUUUCACGCUUAGUUGUCCAAAAAAAUGGGAAGAAGUGGAAAUCAGUUUACACCAUCGUCUUACUUGGAAAGACGGGCAAUGGGAAAAGCUCGAUCGGGAACAGUUUACUCGGGAAAAGGGCAUUUAAGUCCAAUGCUAAUUUUGGUGGCCGCACCACCGCUUGUGAGCUACAAACGGCCAAGAUCGAAAACGGGCUAAUUCUUAAUAUCAUUGACACUCCCGGGUUGUGUGAUAUUUCGGGUGGAGAUGAGAAAUUCGAGAAGGAAGUCGUGAAAUGCAUUGAUAUGGCGAAAAACGGUAUCAAUGCUGUUGUUUUGCUUCUAUUUCCUGGUGAGAGCGGGGUUGACCAGCUUGUUCAGAUCAUUGAGAUGACUUGUUCGGGUACAUCAACGAUUGGGUGGAUGUGCUGUCAGUCUCCUUCGGAGGGUCUGCUGAUGACUAUUUCUCAGGCUUGUAUUGGUGAACUUAAAAAGGAGAACAGAUACGAAGUUGUCUACUCGUUUGUGAAUAUUGAUGGAAAGAAGCUUGUUCUUGGAAUACUCUUUGCUGAUAAGUUGCCUCAACAGUUUGACUUAGUCUCAGAGAUUUUAAGUUGUUGCACAACUUUAAAUGUGCAAGUGUCUGUUUCUAUAGAUACAGGGCCAACAACCCAUUUGAAGAAUAUUUUUUACACAAAUUUUCCAGUUUUGGAUGUAUCUCUGUUGGAUAUUGGAUGUUUGUGGUACUGUUUUCUUUUUAUUUUCGUCUCUAAUGUCUCUAAACUAUAA